AUGACAAGUGAAGAGGACGCUGCUAAUGUAGGAACCACUUCGAAGGGCGCAGAGGAGGAAGAAAAAAAGAAGCAAAAACGAGAGAAAAAACAGAAUGAUAGAUAUCCCCUCCUCGUAUUAAACAAAAAGGAGACAAAACCAACGGAUGGUGAUCGAGAAAAGAGCCAAGUGCUCACAACGGACGAAGCGACAAACAGCUCCGAGGAAACACCUCCAGAGGGAUACCCAACAAAGGGGGAAAGAAAAUAUCUGCUCGCGCUGAAAAGCAUAAUUAGAACAAGGGAUGGUUGGCACGCGGGCGACGCGAACGAGGAGAAGUGGAGAGAAGGGGAUAGAAGUCUCAGCUGGGGAAGUCCCAACCGUGGAAGAAUCAGCAGUGGAAGUCUCAGCAGUGGAAGUCUCAGCAGUGGAAGUCUCAGCUGGGGAAGUCUCAUCAGUGGAAGUCUCAGCUGGGGAAGCCUCAACCGUGAAAGCCACAGCCGCCGAAGUCUCAGCAGUGGAAGCCUCUACGAUGGAAGCCCCAGCCGCGGACCCCGCAACCGCAGAAGCUACAGCUACUUCGCGUACAACCCGCGGAGGGACGAAAUUGUAAACGUCGAGACGCACUCGCAUGUCCUGAUGGAGGAGUCGAAUGAGAGUAGCGCCGCUGUGUUGCCCUCCAGUGUGGAUAAGAACGCGUGUGUAGAGGCCAACCUGGGAGAGAAGGGCGAAGAAAGCGCGAGGAAGAAGAAAUGGAACUUUAGGCGCAGGAUUAUAAGCAGGAUGAAACGAAGAGCGAAGCGGGACGAUGUGUGUCAGGAGGCGCGUCAGGAGGCCAACCAACCGGCGCAGUCAUCAGUGCAGCCAUCAGUGCAGCCAUCAGUGCAGCCAUCAGCGCAGCCAUCAGUGCAGCCAUCCGAGCAACCGCCGGCUCACCACCCUGCCAGCCAAACCGCUGAGCAAAACAACUUCGUGGUAUACAAAGUGCCGAGGUACCUCAAAAAAAAAAACAUCAAGUGCCCCUUCGUGUACAGGAAGGUCUUUUUCGGCAAGUACGGAAUUAUAAAUUAUGAUUUGAAGGGAAACAAAAAAGGGACGCUCGUGAUAACCUUUCACGGACUGAACGGAACAAACUUAACCUUCCUAGAUAUACAAAAAACGCUAGUCAAAUAUAAAUUCCAGGUCCUGAACUUUGAUCUGUAUGGGCAUGGAUUAUCUGCCUGCCCGAAAUAUAAUCACCGAAAGAAGACCUACGGAAUAAACUUUUUUUUAACGCAGACGGAGGAACUGCUGACCCAUUUGAAUUUGCUACACAAAGAUUUCUAUCUGAUAGGCUUUUCUAUGGGCUGCGUAAUUGCCAUCAGCUUUGCGAAGAAGUACAUACAACAGGUGAAGAAAAUCAUUUUGAUAUCCCCCGUUGGCAUUUUGGAGAAAAAGCCCUUUGCCCUGAAGGUUCUGAAGCUGUUCCCCUGCCUCAUCAACAUUUCGUCCUUUUUCAUGUUGCCCUGUUUUAUUUCGAAGAAGAAUUUUAAGCGCGCUUCGCAGGGGCGCAACACAGGGGGAAAGAGAAGUGACUCAAGAAACUCCUCCAAGGGUGCCUCCAACGAUCCCUCCAACGAUCCCUCCAACGAUCCCUCCAAUGAUCCCUCCAGCGAUCCUUCCAAGGGUGCCCCCAAUGAUCCCCCCAACGGCGCGCCCGGCCAACCGCGCCAGCAGGACCCCCAAGAGGACUCCGAUAACGACGCGUCAGACUACCUGUACAACCGAAUCAUGUGGCAGGCGUUUGUGAAGAAAAACAUCACGCACUCAAUACUGGGCUGCAUUAACAACCUAAAAAUGUGGAGCGCCCAUGACAUAUUCAAAGAGGUGGGACUGAACCAUAUACCCGUUUUGAUUCUCUGUGGAGAGAAAGACAACAUCUGUAGCGUCCACGUUUUUAAGAACACGUCUAAAUUUUUCAUCAAUUGCCACAUGAUAAUUUUUAGGAACGCCUCCCACUUAGUUUUGGUCGAGAAGAGCAAAGAAAUUAACUCCUGCGUGGUGACCUUCUUCCACUUCCCCAACAACGCUGACUUGAGGGCCGUCCAUCAUAUGUUUCCCGUGGACACGCUGGGGAACUCGGUCCUUUACCAGCGGGCCGACCUCUUCUGA